UGGUGAUUUCGACUUAUGAGUCUGCAGCAGCGGCAGCUUCGAGCCUGUUUAUGUCACAGGAGCUACUACUGCUGCUAUAUUAUUCUACAGUAAAUUGGUGCAACAAUAACAGUUUAGUUGCAUUUACAGACAGUUUACAAUGGGGCUUUAAAUUAAAUAAUACUAAACAGAAUAUUUAUGAACUUUACAAAACGUAAAACCAACCAAGGUUAAAAUGCAGAGGUGGGAGAAAUGAGUGUUGAAGUAGAAAGAAAGUUUUUGUGCAAUGCGGACACUCUGAAAACGCUGCAGGAGAUCGGGGCAGUGUGUCUUGGUCAACGCCAGUUUUGUGACCAGUACUUUGACACCCCCAAGUUUGACCUGACGCUGAGAGACAUGUGGCUGCGCAAACGUAAAGGAUGCUGGGAGCUUAAGUGCCCGACAACAUCCAACGGGACAGAAGAGAGGUCUGGAGAACAAUCUAAAGCGGCAGCACUGUGUUCCCGCUACAAGGAGAUAACAAAUCUGCCUGAAAUUCAACUGAGAGUGAAAGAGGUCAUAAAAGAUGUUUGUGCGGACAGAGAGACAGAGAUGAGCCCCUCACAGGAGGAUGAGUCUUGGCUGAGCAAAAUUAAUCUGGUGUGCUUUGCCGAGUUUACAACAGUGCGGAGGUCAUUCACUUUAGAGGAGGAGGGGGUGCAGGUAGAUCUCGACCAAGCUGACUUUGGCUACCAUGUGGGAGAGAUAGAGGUCCUACUUCCUGAGGGAGGAGAUCUUCAGUCUGCCUUGGAGAAGAUCGAAAGAACGGCUGGAAAGCUGGGUCUGACUGGAGAUCAGCGAGUUGAAGGAAAAAUGCAUGUUUACCUUAAAAGCAAUCAUCCCGAGCACUAUGCAAAACUACUGAGUGAACAUAUUUUGUAAAACAUAUUAUACACGAUCUUACGGCUAAAUAGUUUUUAAGGUGCACAUAGCCAUAUCUGUAAAACUGAGUCUAAUUUUAUUGGCUGGCUGUAAUAUGGAGAGUGUGAGAGGAAGUGUGAAUACUGCAAAUAAAUGGAGUGCCAUACCAUCGAUUCA